GCGGUGCUGGCCUGACAGCCGCCCUACGUUAAAGCAGAUUCGUACAACAUUGCGAAGAUUAUUCCUUUCAAAGUGCCACGUGCAUCAGUCCAGAUGGGAAGAUACUUUGCCUUUCUGUUCGUGCUUGUCACCGCUUCCGCCGUCGCUGUGCAGUCAGCAGCACUUGUGAAGCUAACCGUCGAGCAAGUGGAGGAACCCGGAUGGGAGCUCAGCCGGGUCCUGUACGACAUUAAAAAUACCAUUGAGCCUCGGCAUUGCAGCGAUCUUUUGCGUGCUGGUCAGAGGAACAGUGGCGUUUACACAAUAUUCCAUCAGGCGGCGGGACCGUCGCGACAAAGCGUCUACUGUGACAUGAAAACCGACGGCGGUGGUUGGACGGUGAUCCAAAGGCGAGGACAGUUUGGAAACAGCGCCUACCACUUCUAUCGAAACUGGACAGAAUAUGUCAAUGGCUUCGGUGAUCCUGCUCAGGAGUACUGGAUAGGAAACAAUGCUUUGCACGCGCUGACGUCCGGCGACGAAGACAUGUCUCUUCGGGUGGUGCUGAAGAAUAACACAGAAUACAGCGUUUCUGCCGACUACGAAAGCAUUCACGUCGGCAAUGAAGACGACCUAUACAAGCUGCACUUGGGAAAGCUGGUAGGCCCAGAAGUCUUCUUCUUCCCUCCCUGGCUGGGAUGCCAUGGCGGACGGCAACGGUCACAACUUCUCCACCUUUGACCGCGACAACGAUUUUGGUCCUCGCAACUGUGCGGCCUUGUUCCGAGGAGGUUGGUGGUACAACGACUGCUACACGGCGAACCUUAAUGGGCUGAACCUGAAUGGACCGCAUGACAGCUACGGAGACGGUAUCGAGUGGAGCCUCAGA